UUCUGUCUCAAGUGAUCAAAGCUAUGUCGUUGAAGAAAGGCAUUGCGUUUUCUCCACCAUUGCUAUGUACUUUGGUGUUUUUUCUUCUUGGUGUCCAGAUCUGUGUGGCUCAGAAUAUUAGCAGAGCUAGCUUUCCAAAUGGAUUUGUUUUCGGAACAGCCUCUUCUGCUUAUCAGUUUGAAGGAGCAGUGAAGGAGGAUGGAAAGGGGUCAACUAUAUGGGACAAAUUUGCACACUCCUUUGGUAAAAUUAUUGAUUUUAGUAAUGCUGAUGUAGCUGAAGAUCAGUAUCAUCGCUAUCAAGAAGAUGUUGAACUGAUGAAGGAUAUGGGAAUGGAUGCCUAUAGAUUUUCAAUAGCUUGGUCAAGAAUUUUCCCCAAUGGAACGGGAGAAAUCAACCAGGCUGGAGUUGAUCACUACAACAAUCUCAUUGAUGCUUUACUAGCCAAAGGAGUUACACCAUAUGUGACCCUUUAUCAUUGGGACCUUCCUCAAGCUCUUGAUGAUCGAUACGGAGGGUGGCUUGACCCACAGAUCAUAAAGGAUUUUGCAACAUAUGCAGAGACGUGUUUCAAGAAAUUCGGUGACAAGGUAAAGCAUUGGAUCACGGUGAAUGAGCCUCACACCGUUGCUCUGCGGGGCUACGGCACCGGUAUCCACGCACCGGGGCGGUGCUCCAUCCGUUUCGCCGGAUUUUGCAAGGCCGGAAAUUCUUCAACUGAGCCUUAUAUAGUGGGUCACAACUUGCUCCUUGCUCAUGCCACUAUAGUUGAUAUCUAUAGAAACUCAUACCAGAAAAAGCAGCAAGGAAGCAUUGCGAUAACAAUAGAUAGUUUCUGGUAUGAACCCAUGUCAAACUCCACAGCAGACAUUGAAGCAACACAACGAGCGAUUGACUUUUACUUAGGCUGGUUUCUUGAGCCUGUGAUUACUGGGGAUUAUCCAAACUCAAUGAGAAGCCGGGUGGGCGAACGGCUGCCGAUAUUUUCGGCGACGGAGUCGGCUCUGGUUAAAGGGUCCUAUGAUUUCAUCGGAAUAAAUCACUAUACUACAUGGUACGCCACCAACGAUACCGGCUUAAUUGGCCUAAUUAGUAGCGACGUUAAUGACUCCGGCGCUCUCACUCUCCCAUUCAAAGGUCUACAACCAAUAGGAGAUAAGGCUAAUUCAAUAUGGUUGUACAUAGUUCCUCGUGGGAUAAGAAGCUUAGUGAAUCACAUCAAGCACAAGUAUGGAAACCCUAUUAUCUUGAUCACUGAAAAUGGAAUGGAUGAUCCUAAAGAUGCGAGUCUAAACGACACAAAAAGAAUCAAUUACCACAAUGACUAUCUCACAAAUUUGCUGGCUGCAAUCAAGGAGGAUGGAUGCAAUGUGAAAGGGUAUUUUGCAUGGUCAUUGUUGGACAAUUGGGAAUGGAAUGCUGGAUUCAGUUCAAGGUUUGGUAUAAUCUAUGUAGACUACAAAAACAAACUCAAAAGAAUUCCUAAACAGUCCUUCAAGUGGUUUAAGAAUUUCUUGACUACUCAAAAGAAUACUGUAGCCCAUAUUUAAUGCUUUCAAAAAAAAAAAUAACAAUAACAUACAAUAAUAAUGCA